CUGAAAAGCAAAAAAAAAAAAACCAACAACAUUUAAAUUAAUAAACUCGUCUAACUGACAUUCGGUUUAGCACAGUUACUUAGCGACCUUUAAACUCCGCAACCCAACUCAGCAAACUCACUCACUCCCAAUUCAAAGCGAGCGAAAAACAAUAGCAAAAAGCACGCAUUCCAUAAAAACACAUUAGCCUUUGAUUAAAUUAAGUAGCGUAAAAAAUGACAAAUUCAAGCACGAGUUGAGUUCAGCUUACGCCAACAAGCCACAGGCAAUGUACGCGUACCAGCACAAGCGACCUCGCGCAUACGAGCGCAAGCUAAAAAAGCGAGCAAGGUUGACAAGUUUCGAAAAAAGGGCUAGAAGUGCCUGCAGAUAAAAGCAUGCCGAGUGUCAAUGAGCGGUGGGUGGCACGGUUGAGUUGGGUACAGCGCGAGGACAGGGUGAGUCGAAUCGGAGUGCAUAAAUGUGGGUAAUGGCGUAUUUCUGUUUGGCAGGAUAUAGUAAACAAGUUCAGUGAGGCGAAAUAGCGAAAGAAAAAGUAAACAAACAAAGACAAAUUUGACAAUUGUUUGCAUGAGUUUGAGUGAGCGAACGCGUGGGUGUAUGCGCAUGCGUGAGAAAAAUUUACGAAUAAACAGAGAGUGGGAGAGUGUAAAAGAAGAAGAAGCAGAACAAGAGUUGAAACUGUAAAAAAGGGGAAAUGAAAUUGACAAAAUACAUGAAUUUACCUGUUAUAAGAGAUAUCUCACAAGCCACAGGUGUACAUAAAUAAAUUGUGCAUGCUCAGUGAGGUUUUUGCUUUACUUGCUGAUGACGUCAAAGCUUCGCCUUAACACUCGGCACGAUUGUUGCGUUUUUCUCGUACGCCUCGCAUUUCAUACAAUAGCUGUAAUGCCAAGGACUCAGUUUGCCAGUAGUUGAAAAUUUAUCCUUAGUGCUUCGCCGGAUAUUCACAAAGAGAGUCGUUUGGGCCGGAAAAUGUUAUGCGUCUAAUAUAAAGUUGACACUUUAUACAUAUAUGUAUUGAAUACUGACAUAAGAGUACAACUAAACAAAAAAAUAAUUUAUAUAUAUAUGUACAUAUACCUAUGUGAAUGCUUGUUUACUGGGAAACAGUGGUUGCAAGUAAGAUUUUGACGAUUCAGCCGAAACAUGAUCAAAAAAUAACUUGCACCUGCAGAAAUAUAAAUAUUCACUAAAAAGAUGUUGCAGCGUUAAACAGACAAAUAGACUAGAUAUUAAACAAGCAAAAUUAACUUCGAGUUUUACUCAAAGCUUUAGAAAAGCAAACAAUAAAUUACUUCUCAGCAAAUUAAAACCAAAUCCAUAAUUUAUACACAAUAACAAUUAUAGUUAGACAAAAUAUUAUAAUACAAAAUUAAACACAUCAUUAGACACAGCAAACACGAGUGAGAAAUCAAGCAAAAGAAUAAGUGGAAUAAAACUAAAAUAAAAUUAAAAUUGAAUUCCACUCUUGAAAUCACUUCUGUCCCAUUAUCCACCAUUGCGAGUGUUAGCAAAAAACCAACACUAACCUAAUACUCAUUGAAUAUUAUGCAAAUAAACGGCACUUCUUCCGGUCCCACAAUGGCUGCGUCUGAGCCACCAGAACCACCGCCGCGCAAUCCGGAUCGCAUUAAUGCUUCGCUACACAAACUGAGCGAAUCUAAAAAUAUCAAAUCACUUGACUCAAGCAUAGCGACGAUUAGCGAAAAAGCGAUCAACAACAAUAAACUAUUAAAACCGAUUUUAUCGUUAGAUCACGGAAACAGCGUUAUAAACAACGUCUCAAUUUUCACCGGCAACACAGUCACCACAACACCAGCUACAAGUGCGCUAACAGCAACGAACAGCAAAAGCGCUACAUCAGCUGGUGCCACUUCCAAUACAACUACAGCUACAACAUUAUCUUCCACCGCUGCAGUGGCGGGUGCACAACAAUCAAUUACACCACUUGUAUACACGAAACGUACCACAGUAACAGCAGCGGCAGCGGCAGCGCAUGCACCGGCAACUACCGCAACUACAGUGACUACUGCCGAUAUAACGCCUGGUGUUAACGCCAGCGAUAGCGUCUCACCGCUCAGUUCGAAUGGCAGCAGCAGUAAUCAGACGCUCAUCUCACCAAUGACGAUCGAUAAUCAACAGCAUCGCCUGAGCUUUCCCAAUAAAAACGAGGUGCAUGCAGCACUUAUGGCGGCACAGCAGCAGCAACAACAACAACAGCAGCAACAUUUAAAUGGUGCUACAACAACGACUACGGCAACAACAGCGUUGCUAAAUGGUGGCAAUGCUACGAAUAAUGUGGGCAGCAAUGCCUUAAAUGCGAAUAAUCCGAAUGCGAAUUUAACGUCGGCAACUUUGGUGGCGGCAAAUCAUACGAAUUCAGCAACUGGUGCAGAUUCACCCUCGAAAUUGCGCGAAGAGAACGAACGACUUAGCGCUGAAAUUCAUCGCCUUCGAAAGCUCUUGGAAAACUCACCCGAGGGCGCUGUUGGCGGCGUCGAUUUGUCUGACUCGAAUAGUGGCGGCGAUGCACAUUCCACUGACGGCAGCGGCAGCAUACCCCAGCAACGUGUUGAUCGGCUCGAAGCCGAGCUGCGUUCGGCAAAAAACCAAAUUUUGACAUUACGCAUCGAACGUAAGAAGCUGCGCGCCGAUAAAAGUGAACUACUGGCGCAAGUGAAGCAACUCUGUGCCUCGUUGCAAGACAAAGAGCAAGAGUUGCGUGAUUUCAUUCGUAAUUUUCAAGAUCGCGUGCGCGAGACUGAAACGAAUAAUGCCAAACUGACUGGAGAUCGUGAACGUGAGCGUUGGCAGCUGUUGAAGCAGGCGCGCGAUGAAGCCGAACGCUCGUUGUCGUUGGCGCAACAGCUAAAUGCGCGCGAUUUGCAAUUACAGCGUUUGCAAGAUCAAUUACAAGAGGCGCGUCGUCAGCUCUCCGGCUGCCUCUCGGAUCAAGAGAGUUUGUUAUCAUUUGCGCCGCUAACACCACCUUCAGCCACUUCGGCUAUGCUAAACCAGAUGACAGCGCCAGUGAGCGCGAACAGUGGCUUGCGCAACGAUGAUAGCGGCCGUGGCAAUUCGAAUUCAUUAUCGGCAUUCAGCAGUAGCUUGAGCGGAGGCUCUGGCGCCACGGCCGGUGACCGUAAUUCCUGCUCGAAUGAUUCGGUAUUGCGGAAUAGCAGUGAUCGGGAAAGCACUGGCGGGGAUUUGAAUUUCAGUGAUGGCACUUGCGAAAAUGGGCCGUGCAUAACAGUGGAUCCGGAUAGUAUUUCGCUGGUCUCUAGUCAAAAUAUGUAUCAAUAUGGCACACCAAAAGAACGUAGUCCAACUCUAUCACCCUUGAAUUCAGCCGCGUACUCCAGAUCGGUGGAGCAGCUCGGCUCACCCGUAGAGUCUGAUGGCCCUGGCGCAGUUGCGCGUAAAUUUGCACCAAAAACCGGCACAUUGAGUGCACGUAAUGGACGCGGCGGUACUUGGGGAAGUAUUUCACGUGUCUUCGCACGUUCACGUAACAAAAAUAAAGCUUUGUCAGCCGAUAGCGCUGCGGAACUAACACCCUAUCUUGCAGACGCCGACUACUCGUGGAGUCCACUCUCCGAAGAGGGUUAUGCUGAAAAAUUGCGUUUACUACGCGACGCUUCCCAACUGCCAAUGGACAGAUGGCGUGCCUCACAAGUGCUCGCCUGGCUGGAGGUGGCGCUCGGUAUGCCACAAUAUAGCACGCGUUGUGCGGAGAAUGUGAAAAGUGGCAAGGUGUUGCUUGAAUUGAAUGAUGGUGAAUUAGAAGCCGGCUUGGGCUUGGUACAUCCAAUGCAUCGGAAAAAGCUACGUUUGGCGAUUGAAGAGCAACGUAGGCCAGAAAUGGUACGCUAUCCCAUGAUAACGCAGCUUGGACACACUUGGGUCGCUUCGGAAUGGUUGCCCGAUAUUGGCCUGCCACAAUAUGCUGACGCUUUCUUGCACUCACUUGUCGAUGCCCGAAUGCUGGAUACGUUGUCAAAGAAGGAGCUUGAGAAGUUUUUAGGUGUGACGAGAAAAUUCCAUCAAGCGAGUAUUGUGCAUGGAAUUCAUGUGCUUCGUAUCGUCAAAUAUGAUCGCCAAACGCUGGCUAUGCGACGUGUACAAUCAGAAAAUGUCGACACAGAUCCGAUAGUGUGGACUAAUCAACGUUUCAUACGCUGGGCCAGAUCAAUUGAUUUAGGAGAAUAUGCUGACAAUUUGAAAGACAGCGGUGUGCAUGGUGGCCUUGUCGUAUUGGAACCAUCGUUUUCUGGUGACACCAUGGCUACGGCAUUGGGUAUACCACCAUCGAAGAAUAUCAUCAGACGUCAUCUCACAACGGAAUUCGAUGCGCUCAUUUUGCCAGCAAGAGCAACCUUGGGCCAAGGCAUACGUUCCGGUUGCGGCAUAGUACCGAUUACGGGACCGGGCGGCUUACAACACUAUGCCACAACUGAUCGCCGCUCCAAUGGCGGAAUGCGGAUAUCGGCAUGGAAAGGAUCACAGAGUUCUCUCUCUAAAGCCUUCCGUUUCAAUGCAAAAUCAUCACGCAGUGGAAGCUCCAUUGGGGAUCGUUCAUCCUUCGGCAACUCCACCUCUCCCACACCAUCGUAUAGUAGCUCCGAAGGUGGUGGAGGAAUUUACGCCACUAUAGGCGGUCACCCACCACACUCAGCACCCUACUACACAACCACCAACAGCUCACAUCAUUUCCCCCCACCGACAACGGCACCACCACCACCGCCACCCUCUGCAUCAGCGCCCGGUCUUGGAGGACACUUAGGUGGUGGUGGUAGCAGCAGCAGCAACAGUAACAUCUUCAACUAUGCACCGCCGGGACAUCGUGUGAGUGCGCCACCCGUGAGUAGUAGUAGCACUGCCGAAUCAAUGACUGAUCCGAAUGCAUUGUAUGAGCAACAUCGACGUGUGAAAAGUAUCAGUGAUAUUGGUAUGUCGGCUGGUAAUGUAGGCGCCGGUACGGUGUGUGCGGCGACAACGUCUGGCACGUCAACGGCAGUGGCGACGACAGCAUCGUUAAGGAGUAUCGGUAGUAUGGGCAGUAGUAGUGGUGGUGGUGGUAGUGGUGGUUGUGGAGGCGGUAGCGCUGGUGGUUGUGCUUCAGGCUCUUCCGGUUCACCAGUAUGAGAAUCAGUUAUCAUGUAAGGCGCGUCGAAUGCGUACUUGCAUGCAAAUGUAAACGUACAUAUGUACGUACGUACAUAAGUCUACUAGUUAAAUAAAAUAUUUUUACAUAUAUAC